AUGGCCUUGAUUAGAGGUAGUCGGAUCAUGUCACGCCCACUUCUUGGAUUGCUUCCAUCCGCACAGCGGUCUGUGAAUGUUGGAUUGUGGCAUCGCUGUAGCGUCGCCACAGCACCACCACCCAGUCGUCCCCACCCUAACCCUGGGAAUUUUGCAAAUCGUUCACAUGAAGAGCUUUCAGAAAUAGGCCACAAGGGCGGAAAGAAGGGCGGGAAAGCUACAGGCGUCGGUGGGUUUCGUGAUAUGGACCCAGAGAAACAGCAUGCUAUAGCCGCGAAAGGGGGUCGUGCUGGUACGCGGAAAAAGCCACCAGGGAAAAAACCACCAGGGAACGGGGAAACUGAGUUAGAAGCUGAACAACGCGGCCGGUCGCAUGAACCCUCGGUGGUUCCACCUGGAUUUGAGGAAUGGAAGACAAUGGCUUGA